AUGGGAUUCCUCCGAACUGCAGCUCUUGUGGUGUUGGGAAUAUCGGCUUUCACAUUUGUCGCCUUGUUUGGGAGACUGCCCGCCUUUAGGAGAACUCCGAUUGCCUUUCUUCAUCGGGCACUCUGGGUAUACAUCCCCAACGGCAUUGCCUCCGCCGACUCUCGUUUGUUCGACGGACGAGUAGUGCAUUUCUGCUCUCGCUCUGGCAAUUAUAUACUGGGCGAAAAUCACCCAUUGGUUCUUAUCUUCUUUGUGUCUUUGCUUGUGAUUGGCGAGUGCAUAUUCCUACCGAGUGCCUGGCCUCGGAUAUCGGGUGCUCAUCGAUUCUGGGUGCCGAUGGUCGUCAUCCUGCCAUAUGUCUUGCUCUAUGCAUGUGUGGUGACAAAACCCUUCAUCACGCCGGAAAACCACGCCAAGGAGAUGAAACGGUACCCAUAUGACCGAGUUCUCUUCCAUCCUGGGCACAAAUGUCCUACCUGUGACUUCCUCAAACCUGCCCGGAGCAAGCAUUGUAGCUUCUGCCGGGCUUGCAUUUCCCGACACGACCACCAUUGUGUCUGGCUGAUGAACUGCGUUGGAGCCAACAACUACGUCUACUUCCUUUCAUUGCUGCUUUCCCUCUCGGUGUUAUUGAGCUAUGGUUCCAUUAUGGGCCAUUUCCUGCUCCACCAGACUCGGGAUGAACUGGUGCCAGUGAACAUGCGGGCGGCCAAGCAAAACUGGACGACAUAUCUCAACAUCUGGUCAGUCGUGAUUGCUGCAGAUCCACGAGUCGGGGGAAUUUUCUUGUUGAUGCUCAUGACGGCCCCGCUGGCUGUGGCAUUCCUAGCGUAUCACACCUACCUCAUCUGGGCGGGCAUGACUACGAACGAGAGCGCCAAAUGGUCAGAUUGGAAGGAGGACGUUGCGGACGGGCUUGUCUUCAAGGCCAAACGGAGUGAAGUAGACGGGGCAUCGUUUAAAUCCGACUCUCACGACCUGCGGUGGCCGAUGUACAGUGAUCAGAUCCUUGUUCUUGACGCGGACCCGCCGACGGAGGGUUCAGUCACUGUGCCUGACUCCAACAGAGUCUCCCAUUGUGGUGGUCACGGUGCAGCAAUCGACACUCGAUGGAUGCCCGUUCAUAGUAUGAGGGAUGUGGACAACAUCUAUGACCUUGGGUUCUGGGAUAAUCUCCGGGACUCUGUGGGGCUGUCUGUCCGAAAAAGGCCCCAGCUUUAA